AUGUCAAUUUUAUAUCGAAAUAGUUAUUUAUCUUGGAAACGCAUUCUUCAACAAAGACAUGAUAUACUUAAUUCUAAAUGUCUUCAUAUAACACAUCGUAAUGAAAUGAAAGAUGCUCGUCGUAUUAUUGUUAAACUUGGUACAGCAUUGAUUACACGUGAAAAUGAAGAUGGUCUUGCACUUGGACGUUUAGCAUCUACAGUUGAACAAGUAUCACAAUUACAAAAUGAAGGUCGACAAAUGUUAUUAGUUACAAGUGGUGCGGUUGCAUUUGGUCGACAAGUUCUUCGAAAAGAAGCAAUGAUGACAAUGACAAUGAGAAAAUCUCUUUCACCAAAAGACGUUCUUCAUAAUAGUCGUCAAGCUAUUCAAAGACAAGCAUGUGCUGCUUUUGGACAAAAAGGUCUUAUGUCAUUAUAUGAACGUAUGUUUCAACAAUAUAAUGUUGGUAUUGCACAAGUACUUGUAACCAAAACAGAUUUUUAUAAUGUUGAUAGUCGAAAAAAUUUACAAGCAACAUUAAAUGAAUUACUUAAUUUAAAUAUCGUACCAAUUUUAAAUACAAAUGAUGCUGUUGCACCAUGUACAGAUACAGAUGAUGAAGUAACAGCAGCACAAGAUGGAAUUGUUAUUAAUGAUAAUGAUUCAUUAGCAGCACGUUUAGCUGUUUUAAUAUCUGCUGAUCUUUUAUUAAUUAUGAGUGAUGUUAAUGGUUUAUUUACUGGACCACCAGAUUUAGAAACUUCAAGAUUAUUACAUACAUUUUGUCCAAAACAAGAUUCACAAUUGAUAUCAUUUGGUGCAAGAUCAAGUGUUGGAACAGGAGGAAUGGAAUCUAAAGUUAAAUGUGCAUCAUGGGCGCUUGAUCAUAAUGUUGGUGUUGUAAUAAGUAAUGGUCAAUAUGAUAAAGCAAUAUUAAAUAUUGUUGAUGGAAAAAAAAUUGGAACAUUUUUUACAAAAACAUCAACACAAACAGUACCAGUUGAUGUUCAAGCUGUUAAAGCACGUGAUGGUAGUCGAAUUUUACAAAGAUUAUCAGCAGGAGACCGAAAACAAAUUAUAAAUAAAAUGUCAUCAAAUCUAAUUGAUUAUUCCAAAGAUAUUCUUCAAGCAAAUAAACGUGAUUUAGAUGUAGCAUCAAAAGAAGGUCUUAAAACAACAUUAUUAAAUCGACUUGGUUUAUCUGAUAAAAAAUUACAAACACUAGCAACGGGUCUUCAACAAAUAGCUGAAAAAACUGAUAUUCUUGGACAAACUGUUCGACAAACACGUUUAGCUGAUAGUAUUAUGUUAAAACAAAUUACAACAUCGAUUGGUGUUCUUCUUGUUAUAUUCGAAUCUCGACCAGAUAGUUUACCUCAAAUAGCUGCUUUGUCUAUUUGUUCAGGCAAUGGUCUUCUGUUAAAAGGUGGUUCCGAAGCAAAAUAUUCCAAUGAAAUCUUAACCAAAUUAAUGCAAGAUGCACUUGAACCAUUUGCUCCACGAGAAACAAUUGCUUUAAUCAAUACACGUGAACAAGUUGCUGAUCUUCUUCAAUUAGGAAAAUAUAUCGAUCUUGUUAUUCCACGUGGUUCUAAUGAACUUGUCCGUUCAGUACAAAAACAAAGUUUACAAAUUCCUGUUCUGGGUCAUGCAGAAGGUAUUUGUCAUGUAUUUAUCGAUGCAGAUGCUGAUUUAGAAAUGGCUUUACGUAUUGUACGAGAUUCAAAAUGUGAUUAUCCAAGUGCAUGUAAUGCUAUGGAAACAUUACUUAUACAUAAAGAUCUUAUUCGAACACCAUUUUUUGAAUCAUUAAUUGAUCUAUUUCGUGUUGAAAAGGUUAAAAUUUAUUCUGGUCCACGCCUUUCUGUUAUGCUCCCAUUUCCACCACCACCAGCAAAUUCAUUACGUGUUGAAUAUGGGGAUUUACAAUGUUGUAUUGAAGUAGUCGAUGAUGUCAAUGAUGCAAUUGAACAUAUAAAUAAAUUUAGUUCAAAUCAUACGGAUUCUAUUGUUACAAAAAAUCAACAUAUCGCAAAUGAGUUCAUGAACAAUGUUGAUAGUGCAUGUGUUUUUCAUAAUGUUAGUACACGAUUUUCUGAUGGUUAUCGUUUUGGUUUAGGUGCUGAAGUUGGUAUUAGUACAGGACGUAUUCAUGCUCGAGGUCCAGUUGGUGUUGAAGGUUUAUUAACAACAAAAUGGAUUGUUGAAGGUCAUGGUGAUGUUGUUGCAGAUUUUACUGAAGGAAAAAAACAAUUUAUUCAUGAAUCAAUUAAUUUUAGACAAAAAAUGUCUAAUUAA